CUUAACAGAUGCUUCACAACAGUGUGGAGAGAAAGGCUAGGCAGAGACAGAUCCACACACAGGCAGAACGAGGAGGGAACUAACAAAGAUGAACAACAGAGAGAAAGGUAAAGAGGAACAAGAAGAGGAACAAACUGAAAAACAGAACUCCUGUUCUGAGAACAAUAAUUUGGGUUAGACAGAAAAGGCAGGUCAUCCAAAAAAAAAAAAAAAAAGUUCCAGGAACGAGUGUGUCAGCUGUUACUGUAAAUGUGAUCCUCAACAGACCAACCAGAAAAACUGAAAACCCUGAGGGGGAAGAAGAUCAAGGUGCUCUCUCAAAUCAAACAAACACUGGUACUAUAAGAUCUCUCGACCUUCAGCAGUCAUGUCAACUAGCCCUAGCCUUGGAGCACCUGACUUGGCCCAGGGCACCCAGACUUUGGGACCCGUUGGUCUCCAGACACUGUUGGACCUACUGGUUGGUGUCUACCAGGAGUUCUACUCCUCACCCUUCACAAGGGAGAAGUAUGUCUCCCGCUUCCUGCAAUGGGCGGAGCCCCUGGUCAGGCAGGUGAAGAAAACUCGGAUCAAAAGAGAAGACUUUCAAAUCCUAAAGGUGAUUGGCCGCGGCACAUUCAGCGAGGUUGCUGUGGCGAGAAUGCAAAGCAAUCAACAAGUGUAUGCUCUGAAGAUUAUGAAUAAGUGGGACAUGCUGAGGCGAGGAGAGACAGCUUGUUACCAGGAAGAGAGGGAAGUUUUGCUGAGGGGUGACAGACGCUGGAUCACAGAGUUGCAUUAUGCAUUUCAGGAUGACAACUACCUGUACCUGGCAAUGGACUAUUAUGUAGGGGGAGACCUGCUGACUCUACUCAGUAAGUUUGGACACCGGAUUCCUGAGGACAUGGCUCAGUUCUAUUUGGCUGAAAUGGUCAUGGCCAUUGACUCGGUCCACAGACUGGGCUAUGUACACAGAGACAUAAAACCUGACAACAUCCUGCUGACAGCGGAGGGACACAUCAGACUCGGGGACUUUGGUUCCUGUCUCAGGCUCCUUGAAGAUGGGAUGGUUCACUCAUCUCUUGCGGUGGGGACCCCUGACUAUUUGUCUCCAGAGAUUUUAAGGGCAGUGGAGGGAGCUGGAGGUUAUGGUCGUGAAUGUGACUGGUGGGCUCUGGGUAUCUGUGCCUAUGAGAUGUUGCUGGGAAGUGCACCCUUCUAUGCAGAGUCCAUCUCUGAAACAUAUGCAAAGAUCAUUCACUUCCAGGAGCAUUUCGAGCUCCCUGCUUCUGGCCCUGAUAUUUCAGAAAAGGCUUGUUCUUUCAUCACUGGCCUCAUCUGUGAGAAGGAAGUCCGUCUGGGGAGGAAAGGCUUCAGUGACUUUAGAAGCCAUCCUUUCUUCUCUGGACUAGAUUGGGGCUCCCUACAUAAACUCUCUGCCCCCUUCCUGCCUGAAGUAUCAAAUCCAACUGACACGUCCAACUUUGACAUUCUGGACGACUGUCUCAAGAAGAUGGAGACACUGUCUGAUGUCAUAGAGAAAGCUCCAAUAGGAGUACACAUGGCUUUUGUUGGAUACUCCUACACAGCUACUAGUCAGACGGGGGCUAUUGACCGCAGUCAGGACAUUAUGAUGCAGAUUGACCACACCACGCUGAGGGGCUUUGAGAGUCUUUAUACACCAAAGAAACUGGGCCAGCUGUGGCAGCUCACAGACACUCUAGAUGAGCAAACUGCACUGUUGGAGCUCCCAUUUAUUCUAAAUCCUGGUCCUCCUGCAUCCACACACACCAGCACCACAGAGGAGGAGCAGACUGACAAAAUGUCAGAUCUCAAUGAAGACAUGAAGAGACGGUUACAAGAAACAGAAAGGAGAAAUUGUGAGCUGGAGAUAGAAAUGGAGCGAUUAAAGGAGGGAAUGCAGGACAGGAGACCCAACAAGGAAACAGAGCUGAGUAUCUGCCCAGCAUCUAUUGCUCUGCCUGCCCACAAUGUGGAUGCACCAUGGGAUAGGGAGAAUUCGCCCCCAGGCUGCCAUUACCCACUGGUGAUACCGCUGCAUCGACACCUGCUCCUGUUCCACAGGGUUCGCCUGCCACAGGUGAAGAGUGAGUCGUACCUGCUGGUGUGUGCAGAGGGGGGGGAGCUCCAAGCCUGGGAGAGACAAUGUUAUACUGAGCUCUCCUGAAUGUGCUGAGGUCUGAACCCCCUUCUCCCAGCAUCACUUUUCAGCCCCCAAAUUUCCCCAUUACUGAGGAAAGCAAGACCACAGGCCUCCACAGGAGCAGCAGAGGGUGUCAGUGCUGUGUGAGACUUUUAGACUAAGUUUUAAAGGAUCAGAAAGGUAGCUCAGACUGCCAAGACUGCUUAGCCUGCUUUUACACGAUCUAUUAAAACGUCUGUCUUAACGUCAGAUGAUGAAGAGAUUAGACAGAAAAUAGAGAGAGAUGAGCACACAAUAAGAGGUACUGUAGGUGCAGACACUACUGAUUAAAUUGUAUCUGAAAUGAAGUGUGAUUGUAAGAAAACGUUUUGUUCAAGGGGAAAUGUAUGAGGAAAAAUAUCGAAGAGUAUUGCAGCGCUGCAGAGAUGCCAACGUUUUAACAAAUCUUUAUCAAAUCUUCAUUAAUGCAAUGCGAGGACACCGGGACUGUAGUUUUUUUAUCAGUACAAAUGUGUGAUUUAUGCUAAAGUCUCAUUAUGGUCAACAUGACCUCUUAAUUGUCAGUGUGACCUCUUCAGGGUCAAUAUUAUUGCAAUAUUUUAAUUGUUACUUUCACAGUAGGCUACCUUCUCAUCAACUCAAACUUGUAUUGUAAUUGUCUCUUACACAGGAGGGCGCUUAAUCCCCAAAGACUUUACACAUCCUCAUCCUUGUCAUACAAUUCCCCCUACUUGUGCACCAAUUACACAGGGGUGUCAAACACAUGGCCUGCGGGCCAGAUCUUGCCCGCCAACAUGUUCCUCAAGUUGUAUUGGGGAGACUGGGAUUAUAUAGUUUUGAAAAAUAUUUAUAUUAGAUUUCUAUAUAUUAAAUAUUUUGAUAUGUAUUUACAAACACUUGUGAUAAACUAGCAAAGUAAAAUGUAAAAUAUGAUACAUUAAAUAUAUAAAUAAUAAACCAUGUGUGUCAGCAGAAAGUAACAUUAAAAAAACACUUAAAAGAAAGGUUGACAUAGAAUGCAGGCUAUUUCAUUUGAGUUGGAAGGGUGGUUUUCAGAUAUCGGUAUCAAUACAUUUUUGCCACAAACGACAUCUGGCUGCAGUCAAACUUUAUUUUUUCCCCCUCUCUAUUGAUCUUAGUUAGAAUUUCAUUGUGGAUUAUUAGGAUGCUCCUCCUUUACGUUCACCUCCAGUAUACCUCACCCAGUAUCAGGGUUAAGCUCUCUAUAAGCCGCCCGCCCCACCCCCUAUCCUAUAUACGUGCUUUCUUAACCCCCUCCACCAGUGUAGACUACUGAAUCAAUAUAAAUGACUUUCAUGUACUUCAAUGACUGUUUGCAGCUUUCAAACAUUUUUAUAAAACUAUAUUUGUCAAUGUAGCUUUGUUUCAUUUAUGACUUUAACUAUUGUUAAACCAUUUAAGAACCGACAGUGACACAGGUGUCCAAGAUCCUUUAAAUGUUCUGGGAAGUUCUGUAUACAGCUUUAUUUACAAUGUUAAAUCAUUAAGUCUCCAAGUUACACAUCCUGAACAUCCCAGUGGGGUCAUGUUAAUUUGUGUUCCCACAUGACAACAUUUCAAAGAUGUCUGUGCCAGGUCAACAUAUGUGACAGAACUAGCUAAUUUUAAAUGGCUUGAUUUUUGAUACCAAACGCUAGUUCUUAUGCUUUAAUAUAAAGUCCUAGAAUACAUAUAAGCUGUUCUGACCACAUUUCUUGUACAAAUUGACAUAAAACAAAUCAGGAAAAUACCAUUGUCACAUUGGCCUUCGACAUUUGACACUAAACAAAGAACACUUUAUAUUGUUUAAAUUAUUGAUUAAAUAAGGAAACCAUGAGGUCGCGAAGGUGGUACAUCUACCUGUUCUGGCAAACCAUAAAGUUAUCUAGGCCUUGUUGGUUGCUCUAUCUCAGUCACUGUACGACUUGGUUUCCACAAGCGACUGAAACAAAAGAGCUUAAAGGCAGAGGGUGCAACAAACUUUUCCUCCUUCAUCACUUACUGCCACAUCGUAACCACCACCCAUUAGAGUUCAUUUUGGAGUUGCAGAUUAUGUUUGCAUGGACCACGUUGCACACUGGCCUUGGAAAUGUGGCAAGCCUGGUUGUUGAAAAUUAUGCAAAAUGAACCAAGACUCUCAAAAAGAAAAGCGGUGUGAGUCUGUGCUUCAAUGUGGAAAGUUUUUCCGUUUGGCCCAGGCUUAACUGCCACAAACGUUGAUAACAAUGGUUCAAACUUGUGUGAUGAUAAAAAUGUGUAUGUUUUUACACCUUUAUGUGUUUUGUCAGGUUUACUAUAUAAGUCUGUUGUUCAGUUUUCUGCAGCUACAGUAACUUUCUCAGAAGACCUUUCUAUAUGAGGCUGUCUUAUUUGUUUUUAUUCAAAUUGUAUUUGUUUGUUGAAAAACAAAUCUUAAAAUAAAAUAAAAAUAUUGUUAAACCUUAGAAGUAAAGUUAGAAUUUUGAAAUAUGUUGUGAAAAUGCAAAUGAAUACACAAAUGCAUGGUCCUAAGGCAAAAGACUUUCAAGCUGAAUUACUGUCAAAUGAAUAAUACAUAUUACUAUAAAUGUACCAAUGUAACGUGUCUAACAUUACAGACCUUUGACACUAGAGGGUGGUAUUUAGAAAUACAAUGUCAGAAAUACUUGUAUGUGGUCUAUUAAGUCUGCUUGAUGUUCCCCAUAAUUUUCCUAUGAAGGGAAGGGGAGCGCUGCAGUUUUCUGUUAUUACACUUUUGCACUUGUUUUUGAUUUACAUGGGAGUUUGAUAGCAAAUGUAUUUUGGUUUUAUUAAAGGUAAAGACAAAGCAUCAUUUGUUUGCAGUUUUGGCCUUAGUUCACCAUAAGUCAUUACUUGCUUUGUUUUGUUAUUAUUAUCACUGUACUUGUGUCAUUUUAAUGAGUUAUUUUUGUUGACUGCAAAUUGAACUUGCCUUAGGUUAUUAGGUUCUUUAUUUCUUUGGUUUUUUAGACCAGGGUUGGAAUUUCCUUUUAUACUUUCUUUUGCAAACUUUAGACAGGUGGGUAAUAAUUCUAGAGCAAUACACUGAACCUCAGAUAUAUCCUAUAUGUCCGAUAUGUACUGGGUGUACCACUAUCCCUCCUCACUUGCACAAAAUAAUUAACUGUGAGCAGAUUUCUGUCCCCUUGACUUGCAAUUAUUUGGAUCUCCCUUUUGUGACAAUUUAGUUGUUUGGUUGAUUGCCUUAACAAUUAGCCACGUUUGUCCAAAAAUGUGUUUUUACAUAAUAAAACCAACAUUAAAAAUA